ACAGUACAGCUUACUAAGCAUUCUGGCUCUUACAAGUCGGACGGCGCGAUACGGUCUAAGCAACUACCGCUAGACUACUUAAGUUUUUUCCUCCUCCCACCUCCAAACAACAUCUUAUUCUGAUAUUCCUCGUUCAAUCUGUUGAUCACCACCUCCCACGCUAUCCUCUUCUCUAAACAAUCAACAUUCAAAAUCAAUCGGCGAAAAAACCAAACCAACAUCCAACCUCCAGCAAAACUCAACUGCACUUCGUAUCUAUUGAAAGUCUCUAGCUUCGAUAGAAUCUAGUCCGCACCUCUGCCGGCUAGUUACACCUUCCGUUUCACAAGAACUCAAUAGCUCUUGUGCACUCACACAAUAUCUUUCAUCGACGCUACCACUUCAUCAACAGAUUCCAAAUAAAUCAUGCAGACCAAGCCUUCUCUUUCGAAAGCUCGCAAUAGAAACAGCAUGUCCCCUAGACACCAUUCCAAUGACAUCCUAUCAAUUGAAGGCACCCGGGUACAGAAUCCCAUGAGAUCUGGCAUUCCAUCUCGCGACUCAGGUGCCCACAUUCUGAAGAUGCCACGAGAAAUCACUCAUCAAAUUCUCUCGUAUCUUCUCACCGAUCCCAUUCUAGGAACCGGUACCGCCAUCACCACGAUCGCAGAUCCCGUUAAGAAUGGCAAGCGAGUAUUCAACGUACCCAAGUAUGGAUUGCAUCCAGCAGUCCUCCGUGUUUGCCAGAAGAUGUAUCAUGAUGGUAUACACGUCCUUUACCAACAGAAUGAAUUUAUCAUGGAUUGCACCAACUGGAUGUAUCGAGAUGAUUCGAAUCAGGAACUAGGUGGAAUCUAUGAGUACACAAGCAGUUAUAGUCAGGAUUACUUCCCAAUUACGACUGCUUUGAAUGUCUCACCACUGACUCGAUAUGCCGAACACUCUAAUGUGGCUCCAUCUGAGCAGGAUUGGGAGUACCAGGGAAACCAAUUCUUUUAUGAUCAACCGACUUUCAAUCGCCUCAUGGGUCAUCAGGCCCGAUAUGUCCGAAAAUGGAAAGUCAUUGUUCGUGGGGAUGAGGGUAAUUAUACGCAUAGAUUCGAUGGAGCUGCAUUGACACAGUUCUGUCACGCUAUCUGUCAAGAACCAAACCUUUCCUUGACUUUCAUUGUUUGCAUAGACAAGACCUCGGAAGAGACCAAAAAGGCAACUCGCACGGAUUUCGUCAAACAUUUAGAUUUCGAGGAAGUCUUCUCUCCUCUCAAACUAUUGAGGAAUGUACGAAGCGUAAAUUUCAAAGAAGCACAUUCGAAUGUCGAUCAGGAAAAGGGUGGAGAAGAGUUCCCCGAAUCGCUCCCUGUCUAUCUUGAUGAGAUUCAUCAGAUAGUUGAUGACUCUGCGGCGACCAUCACAUUGGGAGAGGCUAAGGACAAGUACACGGAUUUAAUAAAGGGAUCCUCGCCAUUAGUCGACCCUAUAAACCUAAUGUGUGAUGAGCUUGUGGCAUAUGCUCAAACCUUUGAGAGUGUGCCCGAAUUCAGAAAGGACAUAGAUGUGGGUGACUCAGAUACUACCAAUCAAUACAGAAAGCCGCAAAAUACACUCGAGGUCUCUCUUCGACAAGCACGAGCAGCAGCAUUGGUUGGCAACCUUGAACUUUUCAAGGCUCUGCGCAUGGAGCUGCUUCUAGAUAUUGAAAAUGAUCAAUUCCAGAGAAUCAAGGGCUGUUUCAUCAAAUUGAACAAAUUCAACUUGCAAGAUAGGAUAUUUCGCGGGAUAUUAUGUCAAGGAGAAUUCAACAAUGGUAUAUAUGAGGAUCAGGGGUACACGUUGAAUUUCAACAAAAAUUCGUCCGAGACACGUUACUGGCGAGAGAAGAUGGCUAAAGCUCUCCUUUUGCUGGAAGAAUAUGCUGAAUCUUUGGAUAUAUCUUUGAACAAGAAUUCUAUCUACCGCCCGGGAUAUCAUAAAAGAAGCCCUGGAGCUUAUGAUAAGGAUCCUGCAAGAGAGAAGUUGUUGCGAAGAAUCAGAAAGGCGUACAAAUCUCGGGAUUACAGCUUUUUCCUGUACUGCUUCAAGAAGGCUGUCAACCAGCUGCAUGAUCAAUACAUUGAGAUUAUGAAAGCGAAAAAGAAUCUAUUUCGAUGGGACGAUGGAGCUAAUCCCGGGCAAAUUGACAUCCCCGCUGAUGAUUUUGAUAAUAUUGUUUAUCAUGAUAUUGAGCCUGUCGAAUGGACUAUUCAUGAUUUUGAUUACAGCCACAAGCCAGAAAAACGAGCACGGGAGACUAUGGAGCAAGCGCCAGUGACUGCAAAGCGACAGCGUCGUUCGAGAUAGAUGGAUGGAUCAGGUUCGAGUUGUGGAUUUCUACAUCUUCAGGCUUGCCUUAGGAGAUCUCUUGUGACGGAUGUGUGAUCUCGGAGUGGAAAUUCGAGUGCA